GGGAGGGAGAGAAAAGGCGAGCGGGCGCGGGGGGGUCCCUUUAUACAUCGGGAGGGGGCCCGCCAGCGCCGAAGAAGAACCAGCAAAGUUUGCAGCGCUCCCCACAAUCCGAGCCCCGGCCGGCUCAGCAGCCCCCUGCCGGAGCGGUUUUUUUUUCCUUUUUGCAGCGCGGGGGGGACCUCGGGACUGCCGGCCCCCCCUCCUUCUUUCCCUCCCCCCCCAGGGGUGAAAGUGCAAGAGGAAGUACAGCCGCUGCCAUCUUUCCUCCGCUCCAAACACACACACACACACCGAGGGAGGGGGACGGGCGGGCGGACGGAGCGUGCCGGCAGCCCCCGAAAACUUCCCACCGACGGCGGCCAAGAGAAAAAGACAGCAGGAGCCACCACCGACGCCGCUUCCUCGUCGUCCAGCACCACCGGCAGCAUCAACAGCAGCUUCCUCGGCGGUCCCGCUCCCGCUGCAGCGCCUCGUGGCGGCCGCGAAGGAACUCGCCCGGGGGGAGAGGCGAAAAGGGGCUGCCUGCCUGCCUGCCCGCUCGCCGCGGCUUCUUCUGCUCCUGCGGCCUCUUUGCGCUCUCUCUCUCCCCCCCGCCGUCGGCCUUUUGUUCUUGCUGCCUUCGCUUUCCCUUCAAACCUUGCAAUUUGCAUUGCAACAACCCCCGCACGGGGCCGCCUUCAUCUCCAUCUCCUCCUCCUCCGGUUCCUGGGCGCGCUCGCGCACACACGGCGCCGUCGGGGCCCGGGGAUUUUCUGUAAGGCGCGAGGCGGAGCGCGUGCGCCAUUCUGGUUCCCCCCUCCCUUUUCUUUUUGCAUUCCGCCCAUCCUCUCCCUCCUCCUCCCCCGCUUGACGGGCGCGCGCACCAGGGCCCUCGACGGGAGCGCGUGAACGCAGCAGCCGAGGAACGAGAGGACGCGCUCCCCCUGCCGGCCGUUCCUGUUGCUGCCGGCGCAGGAAGGUAAGGCGAGCCUCCAGCAGCAGCCCCGAUGGAGCGGGUGAACGAAGCGGCCGCAGCAGCUGCCGCCGCCGCUGCCAGUUCCAACGCGUGCGGCCCGUCCCCACCGGGCUGCUACACGUACCAGGUGAGCCGGCACAGCGCCGACCUUCUGCACAACCUGAACCAACAGCGCAAGAACGGCGGGCGCUUCUGCGACGUGCUUCUCCGGGUCGGCGACGAGAGCUUCCCCGCGCACCGCGCCGUCCUGGCUGCCUGCAGCGAGUACUUUGAGUCGGUCUUCAGCGCGCAGGGACUGAGUGGAGGCGUUGAGGGCGCCGGAGGUACAGGAGCCUCCGGAGCGCCGGACGGGGGCGCAGCUGAGGCGAACGGCGCUGGAGGGGGCGGCCCCGGGGGCGGGGGCGGCCCCGGCGGGGUGGGCCGGGAGCUGGAGAUGCACACCAUCAGCUCGAAGGUCUUCGGAGACAUCCUGGACUUUGCCUACACCUCGCGUAUUGUGGUGCGCCUAGAGAGCUUCCCGGAGCUCAUGACAGCCGCCAAGUUCCUUCUCAUGCGCUCUGUCAUCGAUAUCUGCCAGGAGGUCAUCAAGCAGUCCAACGUCCAGAUUCUGGUCCCGCCGGCCACCCGCCCAGACAUCAUGCUGUUCCGUCCUGGCGCGGGCACCACCGACCUGGGCUUCCCCCUCGACAUGACCAACGGCACUGGGCUGGCCCCCAAUGGCAAUGGGAUCGCCGGCAUGCCCGAGGAUGAAGCCACCCGGGCUGCCCUCUCUGCCGCCGCACAGUCUUCCUUGCCCAUCUUGCAGGGGGUGGACCGUCUUCCCAUGGUGGCUGGGCCUCUCUCGCCACCCCUCCUGGCUUCGCCCUUCCAAAACGUUGGCACCGGCGCCCCCUCUCUGAGCAGCAAGCGGGGUCGGGGGCGUCCCCGCAAGGCCAACCUGCUGGACUCCAUGAUGUUCAGUGCCCCCGGGGGUCUGAGGGACGCUGGCAUCCUGCCCUGUGGCCUGUGCGGGAAAGUCUUCACAGAUGCCAACCGCCUCCGCCAGCACGAAGCCCAGCAUGGCGUCACCAGCUUGCAGCUGGGCUACAUCGACCUCCCACCCCCUAGGCUGGGCGAGAACGGGAUCCCCGGGCUGGAUGACACUGCCGCCCCCCGCAAGCGGAGCCGGACAAGGAAGCAGGUGGCUUGCGAGAUCUGCGGGAAGAUUUUCCGGGACGUUUACCACCUGAAUCGGCACAAGCUGUCACAUUCUGGCGAGAAGCCCUACUCGUGCCCUGUGUGCGGGCUGCGGUUCAAGAGGAAGGACCGGAUGUCCUAUCACGUCCGGUCCCACGAUGGGUCGGUGGGGAAACCUUACAUUUGCCAGAGCUGCGGAAAAGGUUUCUCUAGGCCUGACCAUCUGAACGGGCACAUCAAACAAGUGCACACAUCAGAGAGACCUCACAAAUGUCAGCAGGAAAUUGCCAGCCUCCAUGGAAUAAGCUCAGAGACAUCUACAUCCCUAGAGCAGUUGAAACUUCAAGAGACCUGCAACGCCUCUUUUGCCACCCGGGACCGGCUGCGCUCGCACCUGGCCUGCCACGAAGACAAAGUCCCGUGCCAGGUCUGCGGGAAGUACCUGCGGGCGGCGUACAUGGCCGACCACCUGAAGAAGCACAGCGAAGGACCAAGCAACUUCUGUACCAUCUGCAACAGAGGUUUCUCCUCUGCCUCCUACUUAAAGGUCCAUGUUAAAACCCACCACGGUGUUCCCCUUCCCCAGGUCUCCAGACACCCGGAGCCCAUCCCGAAUGGGGGAGCAGCGUUCCACAGCGUCAGGACCUAUGGCAUCAAAGAAGGCCAGAAAUGCUCACCUUUGGAUCAGAUUGAGAGCUCGGAUUCCUACGGAGACCUCUCGGACGCUAGCGACCUCAAGACCCCCGAGAAACAGAACGCCAACGGCUCCUUCUCCUCCUGCGACAUGGUGGUCGCCAAGAAUAAAUUGGAGUCGGAGGGGGAUAAGAAGUACCCUUGCCCCGAAUGUGGCAGCUUUUUCAGAUCCAAGUCCUACCUUAACAAACACAUACAGAAAGUCCAUGUCCGCUCCCUGGGGGCUCCCCUAGGGGACUUGGGCCCUGCCCUGGGCUCCCCCUUUUCCCCACAACAGAACAUGUCUCUCCUGGAAUCGUUCGGGUUUCAGAUUGUCCAGUCCGCCUUUGCCUCCUCCUUGGUGGAUCCAGAGGUCGACCCACAGCAAAUGGGGCCGGAUGGAAAAUGAGGGCGGCUCUCACUUUGACAUAGCGGCUGUCUGCUUUGGGUGUCUUAAGAUGGCUGUGGGCAAUGUGGGGGAGCUGACAAAAAAAAAAUCCAGUUUUGUAGUGGGGAGAUUUUUCUGUUUGAAUUCCUUUUAGGUCCUCCCUUCCCCUCUCCCUGAAAUCUUCCCCCGGGGGUGGGGGGGCAGAGAGUGUGUGCGUGUGUUGGGGGCCAGCUGCAGGGUUAUCACCUACACGGCAACGAAUGGAGGGGCAGCCUUUGGGGGCUGCACCCCAUGGCAGGGCAAAACGGCGCCAAGCACCCAGAAGGUCUGUGGGCGACCCCAGCUUGGAACCCCGCGGAUGAAAACUAAACACCCCAAAGGCUGGUUGGGGGAAUGUUAAGAAACCCUAGUUGAUCUGGCAGAGAAUUAGAUGUGUGUCUCUCUCCUAUCCUUUUAUUUUGGUCCUUCAUCCUUCUCUGCCUCAUGACCCUUUCCUAAGAUUCGCAUCGUUAGCAUCGUCGUCCGCUCAUAAAAGCACAUACCCUGUGAGGUAUCUAGUAGGUAGAGGUACCAUUGUUCUUUAGGAAGAAAGGAAGAAGGAAGAAGAAGAAAAAAACCACCAGAAAACGCAACUUACAAAAGCUUUUCUUUUCUUUUUGAAGAAGUCGAGGAUGCUGCGCAAGGGGGUUGAGGGAGGGUGCCCGCUGUCUGGCCCCACCAGAUUUAAACCAGUCCUUGGGUGCAACCAAGCAGCAAAAUUCUCCUGAAAGUGGUGGGUGGGUAUGGGGGAGGUCAGGCAGGUGAGGCCACCCAGGUGCAAAUCUCCCGUUCAUUCCAUUGGGGCUCCUUCAGGAGAAUUUUAACUCAGUUUUAUGCUGCUUGUUUUUCUAACUCGCUCUCGAUAUUCUCUCUCUCUCUCUUUCUCUUAUUAUGAUUCUGAUUAUUACAUUUAUGAUUUUAGGACCUGUUGUAGUGAUUUGCUACUGAGAAGCCCUUCCGAGGGAAUUAUACAGAGAGCUCUUAAAGCAGCUGUCAUGUUAGGGUUAGUAUUAAUUUUUUUUUAGAUGUAUCAUAAUUAAUAAUAAACUUGGCUAGUUGAUUGUUUUUAAGUCUAUGGGAUAAUAUAGUUAUGCAAAAUGGAAGAAAAGGGGAGGGGGAAGGUUUAAAAAAAGAAAAAGUAAAGGCAAGAGCCACACACUCGGUUGGCUGAUGCAUAAAGACCCCAAAAGAUGAAAUUGAUCGGCAAAAACGAUUAAUUUUUCUGUACUAGCAACCUGUUUAGUGCAAAUGAAUUAUAGAGUUCAGAGUGAUUAAAAGAAAAAAGAAAAAACAAUUUGAUUGGACUGCAUUAAAGAAGUUAGAAUGGUUACUUUA